AUGGGCAAAUGGCAACACACAAAAUACGACAAGGAACUUGCCUCAAAAUUCCAGUGUCUCUUCGAGGCUACAGAGAACUGUGACAGACGGAGGAAGGGGCACAGCAAGGGUGCGGUCUCAGACCGAGCCUUUCGCCUCUUUGUCCAAGAACUGGACCCAAAUGACGCUGCUACCCAAGACUGGUUUCUGGAGCUCCUCAGGCGCAUGCGCAAGCCUUCGAGACGGCCGCACUCAUUAGGACGCUCGCAAAAUCCAGAAACGUUCUUGCAUGAUGCUGGCGAAUGGAUGAUGAGCCCCAGUCCUCCAUUGAGCCUCCAGGAAGAUGACCAGUCCGAGGCCGGGUCUCAUUUAUCUCAUUUAAUACAAGAUUAUACCCAAGGCCCCAUAGCUGUUCCUUCCUCUAGCCGAUUCCCCUCUCCAGAGCGUCGGCAGCGAAUGGCAGUCCCUGGCGAGCCUUCAUCAUCCAAUGCUCGAGGAAGAGGAGGGUGGCGAUUCGCCCCCUUUGUUCCGCACGCUUCGAGGGACAUAAGUCGCCUUGUCAGAUCACCGUUGGGCGAUGAAAGAGAUCACGAUACUGCUUCCACACCCGGCGUACCUUCAAGACGGGAGAGAAGUCCGCCGGUGUCUGAUGCGAGCUUAUCGUGGCUGGCAGGCUACAAUCGAAACGCGCCCUCCUCCGACCCACGUCCUCUCCGCCCCCUUCCCGUUCGUAGCACCACCAACCGUCCUCCCAUCAUGUUUCCCCGAAAUACACGCGACCUCCUCGGCCCUCUCUCCCGUAGCGGACAAUCCAGCCGGACGGCCUCGCCCUCCGGUGCGCUUCGUUCCACACAUAAUGCUUUGGUCGGGAACAAUUCCCACCGAGAUCCCUACCGAGCUCAACCCGGCCCCAGCAGUCAGUCCUCAGAUACCGAUCUCCGAGCCAUGUCUGACCACCUUGCCACAGCUCUCCGUCGUAGACGCACGCACGACGAGAUUGACGGUGCCCAAGCUGAGCCCCGUACGAAUGGGCGCCAGCGAACAGACGGGCCAUCGGGGCGCAUCGAGCAGGAUUGGCGGGUGGAUGAUGAUGCCUGGAGAGCAGCGGAGGCCGAAGCGGAAGGCUGGGGGAGGGAUACGAGGAGGGAUGGUGUGGUGUUUGACUCGGCAGACAUGCUCGGAGAGAAUGGAGAAAAUGCCAGAAAUGUAGAGGAGGGCGGGAAUACGUUCUGGGCGGUGGACGAGGAUUGGGAGGAUAUGGGCAUGCCAUAUCCUACCCGGGAGAGGGAUUUUCCACCGCUUGCUUUGUCUCACUUGCUCGACACUUCCCAAUAUGACGACCCAUACCUCCCUGACGAGUAUUAG